AUGGCGCGAACGACUACAGACCCGACUUACCCGCUGUACCCCGUUCUCAGCAUUGUCUGCUCAGCAUGCCUACUUCUUGUGCUGACAACCACAGUCGUCCGCCUCAAAUGGAACAUCGGUGUAUCUAUGCUCUGCGCUGGACUCUUUCUGGAGACUCUCCUCGUUGGCGUCAACACGAUUGUUUGGGCUGAGAGCGCAGAAGUCAAGGCGACCUGGUACUGCGAUAUCUACUCCCACUUUAGCAUAUGGAUGAACGUUCUCAAGCCCGCUUGUACCUUCGUCAUCACUCGACGGUUGUACCAGAUCGCCGCUCGUCGCUCCGUCGAGGAGACCAGCAAAGCCCAAAGAAGGUGGGAUCUCAUCGUGGAGAUAGGCGCUGUGGUCGUAUUGCCAGCGGUCGUCACCGGGGCUUUGUACUAUGUUGUUCAGUCAGCGCGCUUUGGGCUCAUCGAAGGCUUUGGGCCGACGAACGCACCGAGCUCAGAUAUUCUGCAGAUCUUGCUGCUCGAGUCAUGGGCCAUCGGCUUCUCGCUGAUUUCCGUCCUCUUUUACUGCCCUCGGAUCCUAUGGGUCUUCUAUCGCUUCAAGCGGGACACCGGACGAUACCUGAGUGAUAAUGCCUCCGCCGACUCUAUCAGUUACACUCGUAUCCUUUGUCUCGGACUCUUGGAUGCCCUGAUCACCUUUCCUAUCGCCGUCGCCAACAUCACCCUUCAAGUGAAGGCGAACAUCGAGAUCUUCGGCUUCAUCCCUUUCUAUUACGGAUGGUCUACGGUACAUGAACCUGGAUGGAGCCAGCCGAUCAUCAUCACGAAGGAAAACUUCCUCGCGGAGCCGGGUUCCAAUAUCGCGUUGUCAUACGUCAGCUUGUGGUCGUCUGUCGUUCUCGGCUAUGCGAUUUUCUUCCUGUUCGGGCUCACACUGGAGGCGCGCACGUCGUACCUGCACGGAUUGGGGUCUAUGGCGAGGACGUUCGGUAUUCGGAGGUCGUCUUCUGGCACCGCUGAGCGGCAAGGACACCUCUCCACCCUUGUCUUCGGAUCUCUCCCGGGUGCGGUCGAUCCCGAAACACCCUUCAGCACCGACGACGAUUCGCCUGCCUCCCAAGGCUUUGCCAGCCGCCUACCAGAAAUGAAGCAAGGCUUACUCAUUGAGAAGGAGCCGACACUGGUGGUGGAUGGCAGGCGUCCUUCGGUCGAAGCAUUCGUAUGA